UGACAGUUCACCUACUUCCACGUCAAAAGUGUUCAGGGGGGGUUCGUUCCCAGUUUUCCCUGAAAAAUCCUUUGGAAAAACGUUAAAGGAGCCCCAAAAACAUGAUUUUGUAAAGUGGGAAUCCCGCCCGCCCCCUUAGCACUUAAUAAUCCAUUCAACAUUCCAUCGGUAAAGGGGGUUUUCACUUGGUUAUAAUGGCGAGCCCCAGGACCAGACGUGUUUUACAAGAAUUGAAGCCCAAUAAUGAAAACGAUAAAUGCUUUGAGUGUGGCACCCAUAACCCCCAAUGGGUCUCGGUCACCUAUGGCAUCUGGAUCUGCUUGGAGUGUUCGGGGAAGCACAGGGGUUUGGGGGUGCACUUGUCCUUUGUCCGAUCAGUUACCAUGGACAAGUGGAAGGAUGUGGAGCUGGAGAAAAUGAAGGUGGGGGGCAACAGGAACGCUCGAGUCUUUUUCGAGGCCCAAUCGGACUACGACGACACAAUGUCCAUACAACAAAAAUACAAUUCUAAAGCGGCGGCUCUGUAUAGGGACAAAAUCUCGACUCUUGCUCAGGGUAAAACUUGGGAUGAAAAAAAAUCCCCCGCUCAAACCUACAGCGGGGGCCUAAUUUCUUCCUCCAGUGCAUCAAACAGAAACAGCUACACCAGCUCGAACUCGUACCAAUCGUACAAUAACAGCGACACGUACCAGGGGGGCUAUCAGAGCUACAACAGCGCCGAGUUUAAGGAUCAAAAAGACCAAUUUUUCGCGCGCAAACAAGCGGAAAACGCCAACAAACGCGACGACUUGCCCCCGAGCCAGGGGGGCAAGUAUAGCGGUUUCGGGUACACCAGGGAGACCCCGCCCAGGAGCCAAUCCCAAGAGUUCGUCGAUACUGCGUUGUCGUCUCUUGCAAGCGGCUGGUCGUUUUUGUCCACUUCGGCCACCAAAGUGGCCAGCAAGGCUACAGAAAACGUCGUUAAGUACGGAGGGAUCGCCACUCAGAAGGUAGUUGAUAUUAGCUCGCAUGUAGGCGAAAAGGUUAAGGACGGUACUUUAAUUGACGAUGUUAGCACGCAAGUUAGUAGCUUGGCCAAUAAGAUGGGGGAGCUGGGUAGGAAGGGUUGGAAGGAGAUGGGGGGCAACAACGGGGCGCCUCCGGGGAGCGGCGGGGGGUACGGGCAGGUGGGAGGGGACAGUUUCCAUUCACCAGGCGAACGCUCCUCGUUAGUGGGCAGCAACAACCCGGACGACUGGAGCACUGGGAGUCAGCAGGGGUCCAAGGCUUCCACCCCGAAAUCCCCCGGGAAUUGGGACUCUUCCAGCUGGGGGUACCAGAACGACGAGGCAUCUGGGGGUGGAUAUCAGUCGGAUUAUAGGGAAUACUCGGCUAGUAACAGUAUAGCGACCUCGCCCUCUGACAGCAAGACGACCAACCGUAAAAAAGAGAAGAAAGAGAGUAAAAAACCGGUCAAUGAUAAAUGGGGCGACGACGAGUUGUGGGAGAGUUUGAAUAAUUAAUUUGGCGCCAAACUUUUGCGUUUUUAUUUUAAGCCCAAUUUACUCUGUCCUGACUGACAGUGACAGCUCAAAAUGGCGGACAAGGGCCCUUUUGAACUGUCAUUUUUUAAGUCGAAAGUUGGGGGCAGAGGGGCGAGAUGAGAUUUUUUACGUGCUCACUGCGUAUUAAGUUAUUUAUAUAUAUAUGAAUAUUACGUAUAUGAAUGUUGUGUAUAUAUUUAGAUAAAUAAACAUAUUUUUUGUCAUUUA